CAGGAGGGAGUGUUUUUCAGUUUUGGGACAGACUGGUGCAGCUACCCAGACACAGAACUGCAGGGCCACUUGAAAAGAGCUCACAUCUUACCAAACUCUCUGACUGGCUACUUGUGCAGGAAACAUCAAGAACUAUGAGUUUCAAAGUGAGCCUGUUGUUCCUGACCAUGACCGUGGUCGUAGUCUGUGGUCAGAGGAGACGAAUUGCAAAAGAGGAGUGGAACUACCGUGACGGCUCUGAGAAAGUAAGCAUGCGAGGAGUAGCAAAUCUGACUGAAGUGCUUGAUGACUGGAGGUUUGACAUCCUGAGCCAAGUUAAAGGACUCCUGCAGAAUGACCAUCAGUCUUUGCUGCCUGACUACUCCAGGAUCCAACCUCUCUCUGAGGCGCUAGAUGACUUGUACAAGGAGUUCAAUGCCCUGAAAACUCGUCUUGGUGAGCUGACAGAGAAGUUUGGACCAUUGGAAACCUUUGUCGAUGAACUGAAGACAGAGAGGGCAAGUGCGAGCGCAGCGCCUGCUAACCCGGUGCGCAGACGGGUCGUUAAGAAGAUGCCUGUUGUCUCCUAAAAAGCUCUGCGCUUGAGUAGAGCUGGAUCUCUCUUAACAGCAAACGACUAUCAUAUAGAUUCGUUUCGCAGUCUUUCUAUGAGCUUCUCACUCUUUUGGCAUCUUGUUGCUGUAUGUUGCUGGGAAACAGGUAAUAAACACUAUGCUGAACUGAAUGUCCCUCCAUGGUUUAUCUGAAAGCAGCAAUUUAAAAUGUGACAGCCUGGUCAUAAUUAACGUAGCAAAAAUAUAAUGGACACGGCUGUUACCACGGUGCUUAUUUUUAGAAUCAUUAUA